CCGAAGUCGCAAAGAUGGUGAUUUUCAGCGUGUAUGUUGUCAACAAGGCUGGAGGUUUAAUUUACCAGUAUGACAACUACGUGCCGAGAGCAGAGGCUGAAAAAACGUUUAGUUACCCUUUAGAUCUGGUCCUCAAACAUCACGACGAGAAGGUGGUCGUCUCGUUCGGCCAGAGGGACGGAAUCAAAGUGGGCCAUGCAGUGCUUUCCAUCAAUGGGAUUGACGUGGUUGGAAAGAGUACAGCCGAUGGGAAAGACAUUCUUGAAUACUUGAAAGAUUCCUCCAAUUAUCCAGUAUCGAUUCGAUUUGGACGGGCACGACUCAGUUCCAAUGAAAAACUGAUGUUAGCUUCUAUGUUCCAUUCGUUGUUCGCUAUUGGAUCACAGCUGUCUCCAGAGGUUGGAAGUUCAGGGAUUGAGAUGCUGGAAACGGAUGUGUUCAAACUUCACUGUUUCCAGACUCUUACUGGAAUAAAAUUCAUUGUACUGGCAGACCCGCGACAAGCUGGCAUUGAUGCUCUUCUCAGGAAAAUUUAUGAGAUCUAUGCAGAUUUUGCUCUAAAGAAUCCAUUUUACUCCCUGGAAAUGCCUAUCAGGUGUGAACUUUUUGACCAGAACUUAAAAAGUGCACUGGAGAUUGCAGAGAAGGCUGGUAACUUUGGAGCUGGGUCGUGAUGAAGAAAACAACAAACAACAUUGUUAGUUUUUUUGUUGAUUAGUUUUUUUUUGUUGAUUUAUAAAAUGAUGUCCCAUUGAGAAUGCAAUGACUGCACUGUACAUACAUAUUGUGUAAAUACUAUUAAACUGAAAUAUUUCAAGUGUUUGUGUACAAGGUAGCUCAUAAGAACACUGAAAUAUUUGUCUUUUUAAUAACAUAACAAAACAAAA